GCAAUUACUUCCGUUGUUCUGCUGUUUCUUCCGCCUGCCACUAGUAUUGUCAGUGGCGCCUGCAUACGCACAGUUGUCGUUCGCGCUGCAAUUUUUUUUGUAAAGGUAGAGGGUUUGCUAUAUUAAUCCACUGCCAACAUGAAACUCGUCAGGUUUUUGAUGAAACUGAGCCACGAAACGGUUACAAUUGAGCUCAAGAAUGGCACUCAAGUGCACGGCACCAUUACUGGUGUGGAUGUGAGCAUGAACACUCACCUGAAAGCAGUCAAAAUGACCCUGAAGAACAGGGAGCCUACACAGCUCGAGUCCCUCAGUAUCCGCGGCAACAACAUCCGCUACUUCAUCCUGCCAGACAGUCUGCCCCUCGACACCCUAUUGGUCGACAUUGAACCCAAAGUCAAGUCCAAGAAGAGAGAGGCUGUCGCUGGUCGCGGUCGGGGCAGGGGAAGGGGUCGUGGAAGAGGAAGAGGCCGUGGCAGAGGUGGUGGUUCCCGGAGAUAACUGCUCAAGGCCAAUUCUGUGCUUUUGUACCCCCACUGUUUGUACAGGAUUUCUUUUGAAUUUUGUCUGCUGAGGAAAUAUUUUCUUUCUUUUUUUUUCUAUUCUCAGUUUUCUUUUUGUAUAUUAAAACCAUGUUCUAAACAA